AUGCCCACCAAUCCCGAAAAUCCCCACACCCUCUCCGGCCUGCCUAUUGGUCCGCUGUACACCCCCGAUGGCCUGGCGGCAUCGGGUUUCGACCCCGCCGCCGACCUUGGUGAGCCGGGUCAAUUCCCCUUUACCCGCGGCGCCUACCCUGAUAUGUACCGGGGUCGGUUGUGGACCCGACGCCAGAUUGCCGGUUUUGGGACUGCCAGAGCUACCAACGAACGCUAUCGGUUCCUGUUGGAUCACGGCCAGACCGGGCUCAGCACCGACUUCGAUCACCCGACCCUCACCGGCUACGAUUCGGACCACGAGUUGGCCGAGGGCGAAGUGGGACGCCUGGGGGUCGCAAUCGACACCGCCGCCGACAUGAGCGAGCUCUUCGACGGCAUCCCCCUGGACCAGGCCAGCGUCUCGUUGACCAUCAACCACCCCGCCAUCGUGCUGCUUGGUAUGUUCCUCCAUGUUGCCGAAACCCGCGGCACACCCUGGCCGUCCCUGCGCGGUACCGUCCAGAACGAUUCUCUCAAAGAGUUUCACGGCCAGAAGACCUUUGCGCUGCCGCCCGGCCCUGCUCUCAAGCUCACCACCGACGUGGUGGAGUUCUGCACCCAGCACGUCCCCAACUGGUACACCAUCUCCAUCAGCGGCUAUCACACCCGCGAAGCGGGUUCCGACGCCGUGCAGGAGUUGGCCUUCACCGUCGCCCAGGGCAUGGCCUACGUGGAAUCCGCCAUGCGACGCGGCCUGCCCGUAGAUGCCUUCGCCCCCCGCCUGUCCCACUUCUUCGGCGUGCACAACGAUUUCUUCGAGGAGAUUGCCAAGUUCCGCGCCGCACGACGCAUGUGGGCCCAUAUCAUGCGCGACCGUUACGGCGCAACGCGCCCGGAGUCGAUGCGGAUGCGCUUCCACACGCAGACCCUGGGCUCAACGCUGGUGCGGCAGGACCCGCUCAACAACAUCCUGCGCGGCGGGCUGCAGGCGCUGGCGGCGGUGUUGGGCGGUACCCAGUCGCUCCACGUCAGCGGCUACGACGAGGCCUACGACAUCCCGUCGGAAGAGGCCAUGCGUAUUUCCCUGGCCACCCAGAUGAUUCUGGCCAACGAAAGCGGGGUCGCCGCUACCCCCGACCCCCUGGGCGGCGCUCCAUAUCUGGAAACCCUGACCAGCCAGCUGGAAGGGGCGGCCAACGCCUACAUCGAGCGCAUCGACGAGAUGGGCAACGGCAGCAUGCUGGAUGGAAUGCUGGAGGCCGUAUCCAACGGCUACAUCGAGAGCGAGAUUGCCCACGCGUCCUACCGCUACCAACAGCGGGUGGAAUCCGGCGACUACACCAUCGUCGGCGUUAACGACGAAUACCGGGAAGACGCCACCUCUGCCGGCGCGCUGGAGCUGUUUGAGUUCGACCAGGGAGAGGAAGACCGCCAGAUCGCGCGACUCCACGACGUUCGACGCUCACGCAGCGAGGCCGAUGCUGCCGACACGCUGCGUCAAAUCGUCAAGUCCGCCCGCGACGAUGCCAACCUGCUGCCGGCUAUCAUCCCGGCCGUAGCCGCCGGCGUUACCGAGGGCGAGAUUAUGGGCGCGCUCCGCGACGAGUGGGGCGAAUACACCGACCCGGGCGUGUUUUAG